UAAUUUCCAUUCCUUUGUCUUUCAAACAGACCAGCAAGCACGCAUAUUUUACACUAAUUUCACAAGCCUUCAAAAAUUACGCUUCAUAGGCAUUCAAAACGAGCUCACAAUAAAACCAGAAAUAGCAGAGAAGUUUUUCACGAUGCUUUCGUCACUUUUGGAUUAUGAUUUUUACAUUCAUGGAACUUUUAUUGGCAAGUUUGAUUUCAUCAAUGCCAACUGUCUGCAAGAAACGCACGUUUGCAUACAAAAUUAUGAAAAUAUGACCGAUGCGGUCCGUGUCAAAAAAUCAAAAGACUUCCCCGAUGGAAUGAUAGAUUAUUAUUUUUCAGAUAAUCGUGACGUUGCGAUGCGUACGUUAUUAGACUUAGGUCCGAAUAUACAGCAAAUCCAACUUAUUGAUGUGGCGACCAUAUAUAUUGAAUACUAUCUGGAUAUUAUUCUUAGUAAUCAGCACAAAGAUCUACACUCUAUUGUAUUCCAUAGUCACAUAACUCAACCAUUUGUCAGGACAGAUUAUGUCUUUAAAAGUUCCAUCCAAAAUAUAUCGUUCCGUCAUCGUAGACUUUCCAACAAUGCUCUUAGAGAUUUAUCAGCUCUCUUUACAAAUUUGAAGGUGGUUCAUUUCAAAGCUUGUCAAUUUGAUCAAUCUUCCAAUGAUAAUACGAUCAAUAUAAUCAUGCCAGAUACUGCUAUCGACCAGCUCUGGGUAUCUUGUGGUGUAAUCUUCCAUAAAUUGUUUCAGGAUGAGUAUCCCAAAAGAUGGGAUCCAGAUAUGCUUCCUUUGGUUUCAAUCACGUUGACAGAAGAGGGUGUGAAAAGAUUCUAUUACACAAUAUUAGAUAAAGGGAUACCAGUGGUUUUGGAAACGACAAGAACACACUUUCAUCUACUCGCCAAAGCAACGCCGAAUUAUAAAGCCAUGACUAAAAUUAUAAAAGUCUACGUUAAAUCGGUCCGAGAGCUUUCAUUGAAAUUAAAUAAUGAUCGAUCAAAAGAUAUUCUAAUGAUGUUCUAACUUUCGAAAAAAAAUUUCAAGCGUAUAAUAAUAAUCCAACCAGACAACAUUUGUGAUACUCAUAAUAUAUAUAUGUAGUUUAUUAAAUGUUUCCCAAAG